CGGACGCUCUUGAUGAAGGGUCCCGCCGUAAAAUCGGUCGCAGUGGGAGCGUCAUUUGUUAGCAAAACCAUGGCGGCGUCUACACGAUCCCAGGUGAUCUCUCUGUACAGGAUGAUGCUGAGAGAGAGCAGCAAAUUCCCCUCGUACAACUACAGGACCUAUGCAGUGAGGCGGGUGCGUGAUGCCUUCAGGGCCAACAGGAAGAUAGGGGAUCCGAAGGCGGUGGAGGGACUGAUGGAGGAGGGCCGACAGACACUGGCGCUGAUACAGAGACAGGUCUCCAUAGGAAAGAUGUACGAGACCCAGAAGAUCGUGGUGGAGUAGAGACGGCUGGAGGAGGAGGAGGAGGAGGAGGAACGUCAUCAACGCUACCGACAUCCAGUUUAUAUGAACUGUGGCUGAGUGGAAGGGUGAAGAGCAUUGUGGGAGAUGUAGGAGGAGGGAUGCUGCAGAGAAGCUCAGAGUUUGACUUAUAACCAGUUUUAGAGGCACCGGUCAGACUCAUCAUCCUCUGAUUACGUGUUAGUGUGAUGACGUGUAAGGAGCUGAUUUAUGACCAAAACCACUCACUCAAUAAAUUAUUCUCAUCAUGA